AUGAAGGAUGAUUCUAUGAUAUAUAUAGACAAUAGGGCCGCAACGUUUGAAUAUCCUGUUUCUGCAGAUGCAAAGACAUACACAUGGUCAGAUAUAAUUGACUUUCCAGGUACCAGUGACUUGGUAGAGGCAGGAUUCUACUAUUCACCACACAAGAGAACUACAAGCCGUAUUACCUGUGUGUAUUGUCAAAAAUCAACUACCGUCAAGAACAAGCUGACCUUUGAGAAAAUAAUAUCCGAACACGCCAAAUGCAGCACAAGAUGUCCCAUGGUCAUGCUUUCACAUACAUUCUACUCAUGCCGUGGCCUGCUAGAUGACAAUGAAAUAAAAAAGUGCUGGACCAAGUCUAAAUUUCGAGAUCCAUUCAGUCAAGAGUCUGUCAAGUUUCGAGCCAAAUUUUUCAAGAAUUUCCCCUUGGAUGAUACAGAUUACCACCCGAAUUCAACUUCAUUGAGUGAAGCUGGGUUUAUCUACCUGCCACGUUAUGACGGAGAUGAUAGGGUGGUUUGCGCUUAUUGCCAUUGUGCUCUAGACUCUUGGGAUCAACAAGAUGAUCCAAUUGAGGAGCAUUUGAGCAACACUUCAAGUUAUUGCUACUUCUUGGAUAAAUAUGUGGAGAGGAAGCAAAAUGUGAGCAAACGGGACCAGCGGUCGCCCUUUGAUGAGUCUUUGAAUUUAGAUGAUUAUGAUAUAGAAGAUGUAGGUGUUGGAGGAGAUGAACUUGGUGAUACAGAGCCACAAUCAUGUCAACACCCCGAACAGGAUACCAAACAGGGAGAAGCUCCAACUAGACUGAAACACAAACGUCAUCAACAAACAUACAUCAAAGAAGAUCCAAAUUUGAAAUAUUGGAAAAAAUUACCAGACGAAGAUUUAUUACAAGAAUUUAUUCAAGUUUCAAAGCGCAGUAAUACUGAACCAACCGAUAUUGGAAACAAGCGUGGCACAGAACUAGCAGGGGAUACUAUCACUGCAAUUGAGGAGCAAGAUCAAGGGAAUAAAGAUGGCUCAGUUGUAAACGACAACAACGUUAAAGCAGGAUCCGUGCUUAAUCAAGAUAAUGAAAGGAAGGAUCAUGGCUACUCUAAUGUUGACAGUGGUAAACCAGUGGACGAUAUAGACGACAUAGAGCAAGAUGAGUCUGAUCAAAAUGACAACAUUGUACAAUCAUCUGACAGUAUUGAAGACAGCAUAGAAUCAAGCUCUCACGACGAGUACGACCCAACAUCAACAGACUCGUUCCAUCCUACUGAAGAUUUAGAUGAAUCUAUUGUUGAGAUCAAGCCAAAACAGACCAAGGUUAAAGCACCAAAAAGUGACAAAAUUGAUAGAGAGACAACACCACAACUUGAGGAACCUCGAAAGCGAGUUGGUGAUAGUCUAUCGCCUUUGCGCCGCAAGAAAAUAAUUAAACGAACCAUGCCAGCACCUGUUUUUGAAGAUAGCUCCACCGAUCAAGACUACAACGAAGCACACAUUGUCAAAUUGGAGAAAAACAUUGUAAAAACAAGCACGAUUUUGCCUUUGGAAGACAAGAGUUUUGAACAGCCAGAAGUUUUUACUUCUCCAGUUCGUAUGUCACCUACUAAACUACUGGAACUGGUUAAGAAAACCGAGUCUAUCAGGCCUAGCAUAUUUGACCUGUCCUGCGAUAUCACAAAUGAGGAUGCCGGAGGUGCUGACAAAAAGGCGGAGAAAAAUUCAGGCAAAGCAAGUUCAAAAAUUGAUAAAAAUGGGGAGACAGAGGUAGUUGGUAUUAAAGAUGGUAGGGAAGGUUCGAUUGAAAAGAGCAUUGAUAAGGAAACUCCAAUCCAGGGCGCUCAUCAAGACUUGAAAUCACCAAAUAAAGAAAAUGCAACCACGAAAAACGAGUUAAAAAAUUCGGAAAAUCCAUUCGUGGAAGCAGAAACAAUUCAAGCAUCCAGUACAGUUAAUAACCCCUUGACUGAUGUUGAGUUCAAGAAAGUUAACGAUGAGAGUUUGAAAAAAGUGGAUGAGAACCAGGAUGUAAUUAAUGUGAAAGAUGGGGUGUCCACAGUCAAUGAUAUGCAAAAGGAGAGCAAUGAGCAUCACAGCUUCACAGAACGUCCAGAAGUUGAAACACAAAAAACGCAGCCAUCUGUUGAAAUACAAUCGGCUAAACAAGAAAAUAAACUAAGGUAUCAAACAUAUUUUGAAGCUAAUCCUGAAUCCUUACAGGACAAAGAUUCGGAGCUGGAUUAUUCCGAUUAUCUCAACGAAAUAAAUGAAGUAGAAAAACAUUUCGAAAUCGAAGAUCCUUCUGAGGAAAGGAUUGUCGAAAAUGUUGCACCAGAGCACACAGACCCACCUCAACAAAGUCAAGAAAAUGGAGACGUUAGUGCAAAUAAACCCAACGCUAAUGCACUUGCACAAGAUGUGUCGUCGAAGGAAGUGGCUAAUCAAUUCGUUUCACCAAAUAAAUUGUCAAUUAAAUCUGCAGAGAAAAGGCUACUCCAAGUUGACCAAGAAGCAAAAUCUCCAGUCUUGGAUGAAUCACCAGAGCUGAUAAAACCGCCAAAUGGAGAUGAAGAAACUCGCCAACCCCUGGAUAAAGAUUUAAACAGUCGCCAAUCACAUGAAAAAAUCUCAGAGCAUAUAUUUGAGUCAACAAAGUUGGGCCAUCCUUCUGGUGCUACCGAUAGUCCCUCUCAACAAGCAACUGCAAAAGACCCAAAUGAGGACAAAUCAACGGUUGAUAACGUCGUAGCCAAUUCAGCUAAAGUUGAUCCUACAGAAAACAAAGAAACAAGAGAAAUAAGUCAAGCAAUAGAGCCAGAUGAUAAUUCUGAUCUGACAGGUCCGUUAGCAAUGGAUUCGUCUUUAGAUGAUGAUAAUACUAGUGCAGUUGAAGAAACACAACCACCUUUUAUUCAUGAACCAAAAUGGAAGGCAAAAUCCAUGCAGCGAUUUGCACAGCAAAUGGAAAACUUGGACAAUAGUUCAAAAGAGCUCAAGACACUAGCUAAUUCGAAAUACGAUCUUCAUAACGAUUUAGAUGGCGAUUUAACAAGGUUUAUUGCUGAAAUGCCAGAAGAAGAGGAGCAAAUGACGAUCGAACAGUGGAUAGAGCAUUGUGCUGCUAACUGCAAGGACAUUGUAGCGCAGUCGAUUAAAGAAAUGAACCAAUACAUUCUCGAUGAAUAUGAUCGUGCCAUAAUGACUUUAGAAUCGUUGGAAAAAAGCUGA